GCGUGGUUACAUCAGCGGCUCCACAUCAAACGGCGCGCCGCGGACGCGCUCAUACGCGAACGAGCUUCUCCGCGCUCGCGUCGACUUUUCAGGGGCGGACAAAUAAUUCGCGACAGCGCAGGGUGUCCGCGGUGUCUCUCUCUUCUCUACUCCACCCCCCCCCACCCCACGUGUGCGUGUGUGAGCGCACACACGGCGAAGUUGCGGCUCGUCCGCUCCUCCCAAACUUCGCGGAGUCGCGCAGCUCGCCACCCCGCGCACGCGGCGACACCGAGAGCACGCGCCGCCUCACCUUUCGGCAUUUAAUUUGAGAGCGACCGAACCGCGGCGACCGUAGCCCUUCGUCCUCGCUCGAGUCAUGCCAGGGACCCGGUGAUGUCAGCGGAACAGGACAAAGACUCGCUCUCCCUCAAGAGGAACAGAGGUGGAGAUGGUGGGCUGGAGGGGUUAGGAGGUCCAGGGGUGCUCCUGGGGAGCCCAGAUAAGAAAAAGCGCAAGUCAAACACCCAGGCAUCCUCAUUUCCUCCGCUGUCAGAGUAUGCCCCACCCCCAAACCCCAGUGCGGAUCACCUGGUGGCCGUAAACCCGUUUGAUGACAACUACAAUGCGCCCUCGUUGAAGCCUACCUCUUCCGCCAGCCCGUACUCCGGCUACUCUCACUACCCAGGCUUCACCAGUUACGGCCCCCACAGGAUGGGACCCCACCUGCCGCCGCGUGUUCCUUCUCCCUAUGGAGGCCCAUACCAAAUGCGAAACCAGCUCCAUCCUUUUGCUCAGAACCAAAUGGCUAUGGGGUUUAACCGGGGGCCUGGCUUUAAUUACGGGCACCACGAUAAUCCCGCAUACGCAAAUCAGUCGUUCAACAACGCCAUGCCUGUACCGCCAAACCCGCCUUAUAGACCUGGUCCGGGAGACGCCUUCAGUCAGAUGCCACCACAUAAUAUCAGCAGGAGCACAAAUUCUGACCUGGGCCUGGGUUUUGGACCUGAGGGCAGUGCCAAUGUGAACGUGCCCAUGCGGCCUUGUGGAGACCCUGGUGCCAAUUUUGGGCUGCAGCAGAACUUGAGCCAGCCCAGCAUCCCCGUGCCUAAACAAGAUGCGAGCGAAACCUCUGCAAGAAACGUAUCCCAUGCCGUGUCUCCCCAGAAGCAGGGCCAGAAUGCCGAGGAGAGCACGGGUCGUGACAACACCAUUGACCUAAAACCAAAAAACAGAGCUGUCCCCAUCGGGCAGGAAGGCACCCAUUCUGACACCAUGGACAAGCUGAAUGGCAUCAUCUCCCCGAGCAGUGAAAGUCUGAAAAACUCUCCACAGCCCUGUGGGCCCAAGGAGAUGGCCUCCCUGGAGAGGAGGCAGAGGCGAAGCAGCAGCAGUGGCGGCACAGGUGCGACUGGCAAUAAGGCAGUGGCCACCCCCAGCAGAUCUGGCCAUCCGUCGGCUGACCCCCUCUACCCGUGCGGCAUAUGCUUGAACGAGGUGAAGGAUGACCAGGAGGCCAUCAUGUGCGAGGCCUCUUGUCAGAAGUGGUUCCACAGAGUGUGCACUGGGAUGACGGAGACGGCAUACAACCUUCUGACGGCCGAGGCGUUGGCCGUGUGGGGCUGUGACACGUGCAUGGAGGAUAAAGGGGCACAGCUCAUGAGAACCCGGGAACUGGCGGGUCAGCCUGCGGUCAGCAGCGAGGGAUAACCAGUCACUUUGAAGAUUCAGCGCUUGAUUUUUUUUUUUUUUUCCCCCAUUUUCAAUUUCAGAUUGUUUUACAGUUACACUUGUUCUACUUGCCUUCAUUUAAACAGAUUUUUUUUGCAUAAUUGUUUCUUUACUCUUAUUGCAGUUUCACCUGUUGCAGAUACUACUAUUGUAAGCUUGGCAGUAAACUUUAAUGACCUCUUGGAGUCUCCGUGGUGCCUGGUGUCAUCUGUUGUUAUAGGUGUUUUUACAAGGCAUGGUUUUAUCUCUCCAUAAAGUCUAGGCAAAUGACUGUUCUCUGUUUUUCAGCUUUUGUCAUUAUUAUUGUUGUUGCUGUUGUUAUUAUGCAAUAGGUUAAGUCUUCUGAAGUUGCCUCAAGUCUUCAGAUAUAUUAUAGUGACCAUUAAAUUUUGCUUAUGACAUUGGCAGGAGGUCCUCUUUCAUAACAAGGUAUACACAGAAUUAUUACUUAUGAUCUCAUAUUACAACUUGUUUGGCAGUAUUAUCAGGGUUUCUCUACUUUAAAUAUUUUUGUAUUAUGAUCAAAAUUUUCAGAUAAUUUUACCAGUUUUGUGUUACAAAAAUCUUGUUUGUACAACUGCUACCAGAAUGAAAAAAAAUAAUACAGUAGGUGGUACUCUACUUGCAUCAGACUCAUUUCCCCUUUGCUUUCUGUACUUUUAAUUUAGUCUAAUUUGGAAUUCAGUGUGUCAAUAUUAGUACUCAGCACUAAAUGAAAUAAUUGACAAUACUUCUACAUGUAAACUUUUGACUGUGGCAUAAAAUGGAGACUGAGUUUCAUGGGUUUUAUUGGGCUUGGGUUCCAGUAGGUCUGUUGGGGGAAGACAUGGGGGACAAGAUAUUUUCAGUGUUUUAAAAGUAUUUGCUUGUGAGGUGUAUUUCUGUCUUUGUGUUGUUUUGACAGUGCUUUAGGGAAAAAAGGUCCGUUUCACAGUCUAAAUGAUAAUUGUAGCAUAUUGCCUUCUGUUGUACAAACAAUUUCUCCAAGUAGUGUUGAAUCUUAGUAGUCUAAGGCCAACAGUCCCUUGAUUUCUUGGCCUUUCCUGAUCAUAUGGUUCAUUUCCAUUUACGCUCAGUCUAACAAUGGAAAAUUUGCUACUGGUACUUGUUUUUUUUUUCCUUCUCUAAUUGUGUGAUGGUUCGAAGUUAUAGCACCAGAGAUAUGCUAUGCUAACAGCGGUUAAUGGGUCUGGUGUAUUUCCAGGUUGGGAAUGAAAGCAGGAUUAAGGUCAAAAAAAAAAAAAAAA